AUGAUUGCUACGGUUACACUAUGGACUGCCACGAGGUACUGCAAACGUUAUCUACUGCUGAGACAUAUCACCAUUUUCAACAAGCUCGGUAUCUAUCUUCUUGGAGUCACCAGCCACAAGGCCAUUUCGGAAGGUAAAAUGCGAAAAACACUACAAAAGAGACACUCUUGGACAGACGAGGAGCUGAAGAUUCUCUCGUACCUCCGACACACUUGCCACUGGCACUUCAAGCAAAUCCAAAAGUCAUACUUCCCAUCACUUUCUCCGAGCGCACUCCGAGGAGCCUACUGGCACCAGUCUACCGAAGACCGCAUACGCCGAGCGUCGAACGCCACUAUCCCAAUCACCGAUCCUCGCAACUCGCUGAAAGGCUUCUCAAGUGCCUCCAAAACUCAUUCCAUCUCGGAUAAUCUCAGUCGAUCAGAAAACAGUAUUGAGGCUUUGGCAUCGACCCCUCAAAGUCCCGUGGAUAGAGACAAGCCAUUCAUUUCCAACGAGUGCAACUCGAGUCGCUACGAACUCCGGCCAAACAGACCCUCAAACUUCCCUCCAAGAAAGCCGCAAUAUCUAGUUGACCGACGCCGUUUCCCCCACUUCUUUAGAUCACAGCGACUACACUCCUCCAUCUCGGAUGCCUACGCCAAGCUCAUCAGAUCGAAGCGUUUCCAUUAUCUCAAGCCUUGCUAG